AUGGGUUGCUGUGGUUGUAGAGGCAGCUGUGGUGGCUGCGGUGGCUGCGGUGGCUGCGGUGGCUGCGGUGGCUGCGGUGGCUGCGGUGGUGGCUGUGGUGGCUGUGGUGGUGGCUGUGGCUGCACCACUUGUACCUGCCGCCGCGUGGGCUGCUGCUCUGCCUGCUGCCCCUGCUGCUGUGGCUGCUGUGGGGGCUGCUGUAGCCCCACAGUUGUCUGCUGCCGCCGCACCUGCUGCUGUAACUCUUGUGGCUGUGGCUCCUGUGGCUGUGGCAAGGGCUGUGGCUGUGGCAAGGGCUGCUGCCAACAGAAAUGCUGCCAACAGAGCUGCUGCUGUAAGAAACAAUGCUGCUGCUAG